AUGGCAUUGCCUGCCUCCAGCAGUAACGUGGAAGGCUUGCAGUCAGAUGAUGAGAUUGGUGCCCGCAGCAUCGGUGAUUGGUGGCUGAUGUGUGAAGAUUCACGGAGCCGCAGGAACUCCAUCCCCCCAGCAAAGACUCCCACUGCCAAGCACAUGUUGGCUUACCUCCCUCGCCCCCCCACAGAUACAAGCAGAUAUGGGACCUUUCCGCAGAAGCCUGAAAUGGUGGCCAUUCCCAUGGGUCCCCUAGAUGACAGCCACCAGCAAAUGCAAACCACAACGGCAAAGAAAAAUGCCCUAACGUGCAACUACGUUUCUGUAUGCUGCAGCUCAAACAUACCCAACGACAGGUCAGUCCUCCUCCAGAGAGCACACAGCACAGCUGAGCCAACCUGUUACGGAACCGUUGCGCCUACCAAACACCGGCCCAGUGUCUCCAUCAACACAGAAGAGUUGCCCAAAUACCACCGGGCCUCCAGAACUGACCCGUCACCAUCUACACUGUGGCGGGACCUCAAUACCCGCUUCUAUCCACAGCACGCGCUCAGCGCCCCCAACAUCAUCAGCUCUGCUCGGAGCAAAACCCCAACCCGCAGUGUGGUCUCGGUGCCCACCUCAGACAAAGGGCAGACCCGGCGCUGCAAACUCAUGGAGGAUGACGGGCAAUUUGGUUGGGGUAACAAACAGCAGCGGCAGCGGUAUGUGACCAAAGUGGGCAAGUGCCAGGUGAAUUUAGGCAACAUUCAGGAAAAGAAAAGGUUCCUGUCAGACAUCUUCACCACCAUCGUGGAUCUCAAGUACCGCUGGUUCCUCUUUGUCUUCAGCAUGUGUUACAUCACCACCUGGGUGGUCUUCGGUAUUAUAUAUUUCUUUGAUGCCUGGGUCAGAGAUGACGUCAGCCACAUAGGUGACACCGAGUGGAAGGCUUGCAUCGAGAACAUUGAUAGCUUCAUUUCUGCCUUACUGUUCUCUGUGGAGAGUCAACGGACUAUUGGCUAUGGCUCACGAAUUGUGACAGCCAAUUGCACGGAGGGGGUCAUUUUGCUAAUGGCCCAGUCCAUCAUCGGUUCUAUGAUCGAUGCCCUCAUGGUGGGAUGCAUGUUCGUGAAGAUCUCCAGACCCAAGAAGCGUGCCCAGACCUUAAUCUUCAGCAAGAAAUGUGUGAUCUCCCACCGGGAUGAGAAGCUCUGCCUCAUGUUCCGCAUUGGAGAUCUACGGGACAGUCACAUGGUGGAUGCAAAAAUAAGAGCCAAGCUGAUUAAGUCCAGGCAGACGAAGGAAGGGGAAUUCAUCCCACUGGAGCAGUCAGAGCUGAACCUGGGCUAUGACACGGGAGAGGACCGCCUCUUCCUCGUGGAGCCACAGAUAAUUUGCCACAUCAUCAACGACCUCAGUCCCUUUUGGGAGAUGUCUGCAGAGGCAUUGAAGAGGGAGCAGUUUGAAAUAAUCGUAAUUCUUGAAGGCAUUGUGGAAGCCACAGGGAUGACGUGUCAAGCCCGGACGUCGUACACAGAGGACGAGAUCCUCUGGGGCCAUCGCUUUGAGCCCUGUAUGUCUCUGGAAAAAGGCGCCUUCCGUGUAGAUUACUCUCGAUUUGAAAAGACCUUCGAAGUUCAGACUCCAGCAGCUAGUGCGCGAGAAAUGAAUGAGAUGAGGAAAUUCAACUUAACUACAGCCAACUGCCUACAGAAUGAAAUAGAUUUGACAGAUAUACUGGAGGGGUGGGGUGGGUGA